UGGGUGCAGCUUUGGGAGGUGCCUGGGACUUAAUGGUGCAAGCUACAUUUUUUUCUAUUAUUAUUUCUCCUCUCUCUCCCUCCUCCUUGGAUGCCUGUUCCUUUCCCCUGCUGGAGUAUGAUUUGAUGUUUGGUAUUCCAUGCAGCAAGCAAGCAGCAACCACCCACGCCCUGCCUGCCUCCCACGCCAGGAUCUGCGUCACGGGGCUUGUGUGGGAGGGAGACAGAGAGAGAGAGCUGUGCUCUGUAGCAAAAGCGGAAUAUCCCAACCCGGUCCUAAAGAGAGGGGGGUGGACGUGGGGUGGAAGCGCAACCUCUUUCGCCUUGUAUGCAAACGCAAACAGAGACACCCCCUUCGUGAGAUAUUGCACAAGCCCCACAAGAAGAGGCUGCUCUGUAACAAAGUAUCAUCCAACUAUCCUGUGCUGAGAUACAAGCGAAGGGGCAAGGGACCCUCUGGAUGGGGCAGCAGCACUGAACAUUGGGACAGGGGGCAAUAAACCUCAAUGUUCUACCUGCUCAGUCUGUAAAAUAUCUCUACUGAUCAGUCAUGGCAUCUUCAUUACCCAGGACCCUUGGAGAGCUUCAACUGUACCGGAUAUUACAACGCGCUAACCUCUUGUCUUACUUUGAUGCCUUUAUCCAGCAGGGUGGGGAUGAUGUUCAGCAGCUCUGUGAAGCAGGAGAGGAGGAGUUUCUUGAAAUAAUGGCACUAGUUGGAAUGGCAAGUAAACCACUUCAUGUUAGGAGACUACAAAAGGCAUUAAGAGACUGGGUUACCAAUCCAGCACUCUUUAACCAGCCCCUGACAUCUCUGCCCGUUAGCAGCAUCCCAAUUUAUAAACUCCCAGAAUCCUCCCCUUCUUUGCUUGGAAUAACAUCCAGCAGUUAUGAAAGAAACAGCAAUACUAGAGAACCACAUCUGAAGAUUCCUAAGUGUGCCGCAACCACCUGUGUACAAAGUGUGGGCCCAGGAAAAUCAGAUGGGGUGGGAAAUUCUCCUCUUCAAAGCAACAGUGAAGGAAGACACUGGCCGAGUCACCAUACGACGGAGAGCGAGCACAGCUUGUCUCCGGCAGACCUUGGGUCUCCUGCAUCGCCGAGGGACACCACUGAAACCUUGGAUGCAGCAGCUACACUUUCUGUGACUGAAUGUGUUGAAAGGAUGGUGCCCUCUAUCCCCAAAAGUGACUUGAAUGAGGUCAGGGAAUUACUGAAGACUAACAAGAAGCUAGCAAAAAUGAUUGGGCAUAUCUUUGAGAUGACAGAUGAGGAUCCUCGAAAGGAAGAGGAAAUUCGCAAGUACAGUGCUAUCUAUGGGCGGUUUGAUUCAAAGCGGAAGGACGGGAAACAUCUGACUCUGCACGAGCUAACAGUAAACGAAGCAGCCGCUCAGCUUUGCAUGAAGGACAUCGCUCUACUGACCAGGAGAGAUGAGCUUUUCACACUUGCACGCCAGAUUUCCCGUGAAGUAACGUACAAGUACACGUAUAGAGCUACAAAGUCUAAAUGUGAAGAAAGAGAUGAACAUUCACCGAAGAGAAUUAAAAUGGAGGAUAAUUUCUCAGAAUAUCAGGAAACGCUACUAUCACUUCACCAGCAGUUGGAAGCGCUAAAGGAGCAGCUCGUUCUGGCAAAAGCUAAAGGCGAGGAAGCAGCUGUUCACAGUUUGCAGGUCCAGUUAGAGAAAGUGGUGGCAAAACAGAUGGAAGUUUACCGUAACUCAGGGUAUGAAAGACUACAGUAUCCCGAAAGAUGUCUUUCUGCCGGUCUUUACAGACAGAACUCAGAGGAGAGUAGUCCGACAGCCAUGGCAUCAGAUAGCUCUGAUGGUCAAGGUGAAAGGCCACUGAACCUUCGAAUGUCGAACCACCAGAGUCGACCACUGCAGCAAGUUAUGUCAGAUGGAGAACAACACUUAGGGAAGCAGAUGUGUAAUGAACUAAGCAGGCUUUACUCCAGCAGCGAGACCAACUCACAAUCUUCAGCAGAUAGUCUUGGAAUGCUUAAAGAUUACUCACAAGCAGCCUUAAACAGCACAGAAAGAAAAAUCAUCAAAAUGGAGCCAGAAGAUGUGCGAUAGCUAGCAAGACAAUCUGCUCAUCAUUCCAGGAGUUUACCAGUGCAACAAGCAAGCCUUAAACCCUUACCAGUGUUGCCUCAUCUAAAUAUACAAUACCACAUUCAAAGCCAAAGCUUACAGACUGAUACCAUAUGUAAAAAGAGAAGCUAGACUGCAGAUACAAUGGAUCUGACGGACACACAUUCCUUUCAUUGCCUUCACUAUAAGGCAUAGCUCACAAAUUAAUACAGUGGGCUUCCAAUAUUUAUGAAUGUAAAACGUUUCUGUGUAAGUUAUAGAACAGCGUAAUUAUUAGAACAUGUAUUCAGUUUUCAUAGAUGUGAAUACUGUUCAUUUUACUUGAAAUUUAGUGUCUGUUGUAUCUAUUCUAGAUAUUAAUAUUAACCAGCUUAGGUUAAAAAAAAUAUCCUUUACAUUACAGGAAGGAGAGAUAGGGUAACUUAAUAAUUUGUUUGCAAUAAGAAAAAAAACCAUUUUGAAUUUGUGUUCGUAAGUGGAAGAAAUGUAUGUAUGUAAAUGAUAUAUCCUUCAGUAACGUAUAAGCAGUACUGGGAAAGGCAUCUUGUCACACUGUGAUAUGGAUUCUUUAGUAAAUGAGCGACAAGAAUAGAUGUCCUACAUUUUGUUGCUUAGCUAUAAAGAAAAGAAGAAUCUCAUAAUUAUUGUGACUGUCUGCAGUGAACUAAAUUCUAGAGAAAGAGAUAUCUAUUAAUAAUCAUUUAAAUAUAUAUAUAUAUAUAUAUAUAUAUAUAUAUAUAUAUAUAUAUAUAUAUAGUGUGUGUGUGUGUGUUUUUGUUGUUGUUGUUACAUAAAUUAAAGGGCCAUAAUUAUAUAGUUAAACUGUAAAGGUCAGUUGAAAAGAAAAAUCAUAAUUACUGGGUAAAUGAGAUUUUGUUUUAAUGAAUCCAUUUGGAAGGGAACAAAAAUAAAUACAUCUAUACUGAAGCUUGUAGGUAGAGAAUGUAAGCAAGCGUUCUUGUUCUAGUCAUUAGGAUUCAAUAAAUAAAACAGGGCAAGUUAAAGCAUUAAAGGGACAUUAAACAUUAAUAUUUUGUGCUAUUGGUAAAGUGAGGCACACACUCAUUGAAAUAAAAGUACUUAUUUUUUAAUAAAGAGACCAUUAAUGUCCAGUUUACCUUAUGCAGGAGGUGGUUGCAUACUGAAGAUGUCUUUAACUCUGCUAAUUGCUACACAGUGAUAACAGAUCAGUUAAGAAGCUGUUUGACCCUUAUUAUACAGGUAUUUGGAAAUGUAGUAUGUACCUUUCUCACAGAGGUAGAGCAUUUGAUUAGCUAAACAAUCCAGGUAGUUCUCUGUCAUUAAAUUCAUUGUUUAUCUUUGGACUAUUCAAAAUGGUGGCACUGUAGAGCCAAAGCAAAAUAAUGGGUUAUUGUAUGAGAGAGGGCUCUGAGCCAUAACACUUAUUCCCAGUACUGCUUAUAACACCAGGGCUGGUGUCACUAAACCUGUACAUGUUCUCAACCAAAAAUGAUUCCUCUGCGGUUUUAUUUAAUACAUUUUCCCUAUAAGUACUAAUAGCAGCAAAACAGAAUCAUUUUGAGUGUUUCAUUUGUUUUAUAAUUUACAACAUUCCCACACUUUAAAAUUGAACUUGCUGAUUUAUAUGUUGACUGUAGGUUUACAAUUCUCAGUGACACUAGUUAAACCACCUUACUAUAAGCCAUGCUUUGCUAAUUCUCACACAGGGGCCUUUGCAUACCCUUUUUAUGUUCUAUGUAUUGGAACAAUUCCUUUCCAUUUUAAAUGUUGCUUUUACUAGGACAUGUCUUACAUUAAAUGUUAUUAUUUCCGUUUAGAUCAGCAUUGGAAACUCCAGCUACCUUUACAAACUAGAGUGCAAAAUAUUCCUUAAAAAUUCAUUUUUGCCCCUGUACUCCCUGCGGUCUUUAUACUGCAAGCUUUUGCUUGAUGCUGUACACUUUGAUACUAAUUGUAAAACCAGUUCUCUACAUUAAUGAUUUAAGCAUUAGCUAUAUAACUACCAUUCCUUUCUGUAUCAUUACAUUUAUUGGGCCAAAUCCUACCUGUUUUUGCUGACACCUGCCCUGUAUUAAUGUUGUGGAAAUUUUAUGUUUAGUAAUAAAUAUAUGGCUGGUUCUUUAUCUUCUAUAUAAAGAGCGGUAAUCCUUUAGGUCUUGCUUUCACUGUAAACAAAAUGUGAGAUGUGUUGUCUGCACUGUAGUCUCAAAUCACUGUAAACCUUCACACGUUCUAUUCUAUUCUUGCUUCUAGUUUGUGUUACAGUAGUGAAAAAAUAGACUAGGUCAAUGACAAGCUUAAAGGGAAAGUUUACUCAAAUAUUUUCUCCCCUUUAAUUUGUUCCCAAUGAUCCCCUUUACCUGCCUGAGUGUAUUAAAUAGUUUACAAGUAUUUCCAUUACCCUUAUAUUAGCAUUUGAAAUAUUUUAUUUAGCUUGUGGUAUCUCCACCCAUCCUGAAAGUUUUUGGCCUCAAGGCCAAGCUGGGUUAACACAGCGAGUAGAAGAAAUUACACUCCCAGUGGGUUAUAGAAGAGCUAAAAUAAUAAAAUCUUAAUUUUCCAUUGUUCUCUCCAAGUACUGGUGAUUGAUUUAUGGACAUAUAUAAGAUAAAGAAGCAGGUAUAUGUACACAAUGUGAUAAAGUAAUGAGAUCUGAUUAUACCUACAAGCUUAACCCAUUUUAUUUGGUUGUGGCUUCAAAACACAAAAUCAGCUAAUUCAUAUACACAAAUAAGCCUUAAAAAAGCAAAUCUCAAACAUUUAUACUCUGCAGCUGGUAAAAAAAAGUAAUUGGAAACACAUUAAGGGAAAAACUAUUUUAUAGUAUACUGUCCCUUUAAAUGUACAGUUGUAUUCUCAGUUAGUUCCUUGUGAUGUAAAAUAUUGUCUGUGGUAGUCUUUUUGUAUCUUUGUAAGAAAUCAGGUUUGUCCUCAUGGGUCUUGGUUGAAAUUAUUCCUAAAAAAGUACCAGAUUUUAGAGUUCUAUUAAAAUAUACUGCAUAAGUGUUAUUAUAAGGUAAGUGACAUGGCCAUUUCUUUUCAGGUAUAUAAGCUUUAAGACAAUACAUUUGCAGUAUAUUAAAUAUAGGUUCCAAACUAAAUUAUGUUCAUAGAGCAGGGACAUUAAUUUGAAGACACACACCCAACCUAAUAGAUGUAAGGUUUUUAUUCACACACACACAACCUAAUAGAUGUAAGGUUUUUAUUCACACACACACAACCUAAUAGAUGUAAGGUUUUUAUUCAUGCCCUCCUUGAGUUAGAGGACAUCGAUUUAGAAUUUUAAAAUGAGCCUAGAAUACACAGAGCUAAUAUCAACUAGACAUUUGCAUUUCAUUUAUAAUUUUUCUGUGUUUUCAUGGUAAUAAUGUAUCAAAGAUCAAGAAUACUGCCUCUUCAUGAGUGAUAGCUGAGCAAGAUAAGUAACUAUUUUGCAAGAAGUUUAUUAUUUCAUUUGUGUAAAUGUUUAACUUCAUUCUUAUGAAAUAGAGAUUCACAUUUGCAUAACUUAAAAAGUUUUGCAGUUUUAAUGUGUACUAAUCUGUGCUUAUACAAUCUAUUAACAUACACACUUUCUACUUUGAGCAACAACUCAAACGGUUUGUUACGUGAUCUCUUUUCUAGCUAAAAAUCAAACUGAGAUAAGCCUAGCAGAAUAGAUUGAUUUUAUUUUCAAAUUGCUAGUCUUCAUUAAAGGGAUACUAAACCCAAAUAUUUUCUUUUAUGAUUCAGAUAGAUAGAUUUUUCUUCGGUCUCUUGCUAUCUUUAUUUGAAAGAAAACAAAAACAGGAAUCUAAGCUAAGGAUUCAGCAAGUGCAACCCAGAUGCUGGAAAAAAAAUGGGCUGGCUCCUACGCUUACAUUCUUGCUUUUCAAAUAAAGAUAGCAAGAGAACAAAGAAAAUUUGAUAAUAGGAGUAAAUUAGAAAGUUGCUUAAAAUUGUACGCUCUAUCUAAAUCAUGAAAGAAACAAUUUAGGUUUAGUAUCCCUUUAAAGUAUUCACGUUGCCUUGUAUUUAUUAAGUUAUUUAUUAUAUAAGUUGCUAAUACAUAUGUUAAUAGUGUAUUCAUGGAACAUUAAUACUACACAGCUUCAAUUAGAUCUUUUACAGCAUUAAUAUGUGAGCUUUUCAUAAUGCUUGCAUUAAAGGGGAUAUGUGAUCUCUAAUUACAAUCAACAACAUUUGCUCUAAGAUGAAAAUUGUGUUUAUAGAGUGCAUAAUGCAGCACAAGCAUGUCAGUAGGUAAUAAUCUAUAUUGCAAUUAAACAUUUUAGAAUAUACUUGAUCUGUUCUUGUUCCCAGAAUGGCAGUGAUUAACACAGCCUCAACAUUAGUUAGUAAUCCCUGCUCAGUCUGUAUUUCCAUCCCACUUAUUGGUACUCUACCUGGCACGAUUGACUAUUUUGCACAGAAUUUCAGAUAGUCUUAAUUCUAAAUUGUAUAAUGUGUGUAGGUGUCUUAAUGUUAUGCAGAUAUUUUAUGUUUAGUAGUAAGAGCUGGAAAAAAGAAGCCUUUCAUCUAAAAGUUCACAGAUUCUGUAGAUUUAAAUUUUUAUUUUGGAAACACUAAUGUAUUUAACUUCUUAUAAUUAAAGUAUAUAAUGUAUAUAUUUUUAA